AUCGUGCCUUUUGGAUGAUGGUAGUUCCUGGAAGUGCCCCAGUUAUACAGCAGGACCAUGCCCUGGAGCCUGACUUAGGACAAGAGACAACAGCGAAUUCUGCCAUGGGCCCCGACACAGAAGCGCCGGCCGGUGAGGCUGGCCCCGAGCUGGAGGAGGUGAGGAAGCUGCAGGAGCUCGUGAGGAGGCUCGAGAUCCAGAAUCAGCACUUGAGGACCCGCAGCCGCAGGAGUGUUCUUGGGAGCAACGUGCCGAGCGAGAUCCGCGCUGCCGUGGAUAACCAUGACUCUGGCCUUAAYGGCAUGGAAAUUAAUAACAGCAUCAAUGCGAUGGCGGAGAGGCAAGAACUGCAAAUUAUGGCAGACCUGCAGAGCAAACUAAGCAAAAUAAGAAAGGAGGAGGGAGAGAAGAAUUGCUUAAAAAAGGAUAUCGAGGCCCAAUUGAAAUAUAGUUGUAACAGUGCUAUUGAGGAGCUCUCUUCUAAUGCAUAUAAAGCGGAAAUGAAGACUGAUGAUAAUUCUAGAUGUUCUUUACGUAUGGAUACAAGUAAUAGCACAGAGUUUACAGGAAAUCUGGUCAUCACAGGUCUGGACUCCUCAGUUAAAAUCAACGAACAAAAUCCAAAUGGUAAAUGUGGAGAUAUUGAAAACUUUUUGAAUAACACAGCUCUGGAUGAAGUGAAAGUGUUAGAACUGGAAAAUUGCAAUGAAGAGGAAGAUAGCUGGCUCUACGUCUCCCCGAGGAAGUCGUCCGGGGAGCAGAAAACGGGCUCCCCUUUGAAGUGGUGCCGGCAGGUGUUGGACAAUCCCAGCCCGGAGACAGAAGCCGCCUGUCGGACGCUUAUCAACAGGCUGGACCAAGCCAGUAGAUGGAAAAACCUGUAUUGCAGUCCCCUGGCCUCACCAAGUGCACAUAAUUUGAACACAGAGACAGGCUCCUGUAGCAAUGCACUAAACUCUCCCGGGCAUCUCAAAUCGACUAACAAAGCACUACUAACCUGUGGCAGCUCAGGUUACCUGAGCAUGCAUUCUGCCUUGAGCUCCCAGUCGUCAGUGGACAGUGAGCUGAGUACGUCCGAUGACUCCAUCUCGAUGGGAUACAAACUGCAGGACUUGACGGAUGUCCAGGUUAUGGCACGCCUUCAGGAAGAAAGUCUCCGUCAGGACUGUGCCUCUAGCUCUGCCUCUGUGUCACGCCGCAGCUCCAGCGCCUCCCUCCACUCCCUGCGGAGAGGGACCUACAGCGACCAGGAGUUUGACACCUACAGCCUGGAGGAUGAGGACGACUACGACUGUUCCCUGUCCUACCGCAGCGCUCACAGAUACUCCCCGUCCCCGCUCAGUUCACCCCGAUGUCAGUCCCCUUCCUCUGGUGCAGAUUAUAGCAGGGCAUCUACCUCUCGUAUCCGCCCCCCGAGGAGAUCCGUGCAAAGCACAAUGCAAGACCGCCUGAAGUAUGCAAGCAGUGAAGAGGAGAUGAGGCACAGCAUGCCCAACCUGGCGAGAACGAGCCUCCGGGCCUUGGAGUCCGUGCGGAGCAGCCGGAGCUUGGAAUCGGAUCUGCAGGUGCCGAGCAGUCGACUCUCAAGAAUCCAGCAACCAGCAACAAGUCUGGCUCCCAGCAAGCUCAGGUAUUCCUCCAGCACUGGGCAGUCUCCCCUAACGGUGCGACAAUCCAUGAAAGCCGGGACAUGCACUAACUCCCUGUUAACACCUCGGCAGCCUGUGAAAGCCUGUGGUUACACAAACCCUGUCAGCGGCGUGCGGAAACCGCAGGCGUCUUCACUUAGUGCAGCCUCUUCCAGCAGCAGCUCCGCUGCUAGAGGCAGCACCAUGGGCACGGUAGCUAAAAAUUCCCCCAUUAAAGCCCGAACGUCUAUGGGAGGAACUUCAGUGCCCAAGAGUAARCUGACACCACCGUCCAAGAGAUUUCUUCAAUCAGCCAAGAGCAGUCAGACGGCAGCUGAUGACUCCUGGAAGGAGGGCUGUUACUGACCUGCCCCCACGAGCUGCCCUGCCCAACACGUGUGUGAAGCAGAGCCCCAGCUGGCUGGGCAUGAGAACACUAUUUGAAAACAAAACUCUUCUCACCAGACCCAUCACCUUGGGCACUGACUUGUAUAGUUCUUCGCCUCUUGAGCACAAACUUAUUUUUGGCAAGAGCUUAGCCUCUCGAUUGGUGGAACAGGCACCUCCUCUCUUCCUGCUGUUCAAAACGUUGCUGAAGCGGGAGGGUCUUCACAGGAAGACUGAACCUAGCCUGAUUGUGAGCCUCUAACUUGCAGCCCUGGGGAAGGCCUGGCAGCAGCCACCCCCUCGUGAGGAUGGCAUGUGUGAAAAGGCUCUGGGCUGGCUUGGCCCUGCCACCAAGCAGCCUUGACCUGGCCUGUGGGCUAGGGCCUGUUGCAGAGCAAGGGGUGGGGGAGACUAGAAGUAACUGUAUAGGUGUUAGAAGUAAGACUUUUUAAAUUCAACCUGGUGUAAGCUGAUGUUUGUCUGAAACUUUUUUUUUUACUUCUGUAAAGACUGUAUUUCUGCUACUUUUUUUUAUUGUUUGUUCUAGAAGAUGAAGCUGUUUUUUAUAACUGUAGUACACUUCAAGGUGUUGUAUUCAAGUGUGUGCAUCACAGUAGUUGGUUCACAAGUGAAGGAACAGUACACAAUAUUUGUGUGGGUUUGGGAACAGGCAGUUGCAGGGACAGGUGGAUGCUAUUUUAAAAACUGCUGUUCACCAGCACCUUCAUGUGUCAUGAGGAAGCUAGCAAGCUUCCUGAUGACUGGUUCCUGAGCAAGGUAUGUGUCUUCUUUUUAAUUUUAUUUUUUAUUUGACUUAAUUCCUGCCUAAUUCCUCUUGAGGCAUUUCCUUUUGAGCUCUUUCAACUCAUUCUUGGCUGACUGCCCUAGGUUUUGUAGAGAAGUUUUCUACGGUCUCUCUGGAGAUGAAGGAUUCUGUUUAAGUGAUGUCCUUCUCAGCAAGGGCUGGAGGGCCAAUAAUAGUCUGAAUACACAAAACAUGCACUAAGAGCAAUG